AUGCCGUUGCCCUCAAUUAUACUCGAACACCCAGCCCCAGGUGUGGUCAGGAUCAUCUUGAAUAGACCUAAGGCUUUGAACGCUUUGAACGUUGAUCUUCUCGACGGUCUUGUGAGAGCCCUCCGAGAGAAUGGCCAAGCACGCGUCAUCAUUCUCGAGGGUGCCGGGGAUCGAUCGUUCUGUGCAGGCGAGGACCUGAAGCAAACUCUCGCCCCAAAGACAGGGUCUGGUCAGGAGCUGCGGCAAGCUUUUCACAAGCUGCAGGACGUUACGCGCCUCACUUCGUCUUCGCAAGUUGUGGUGAUUGCCGCCGUUCAGGGCUUUGCCAUCGGAGGCGGCGCCGAGAUUGCCUUGGCUGCCGACUUUAUCAUCGGUGGGCCAGCAGCGAAGUACCGCUUCCCCGAGGUCUCGCUCGGCCAUGCUGCGACAGGCGGCAUCACCCUUCGUCUCCCGCAUCUGAUUGGGCUUCUCAAAGCGAAGGAGCUUCUCUUGACUGGGCGUUGGGUCGAGUCUUCUGAAGCGUUUGGCAUCGGCCUCCUCAGCGAGAUCCAUCAAGACCCAAAGCAGCGGGCUCUGGAACUGGCUUUGGAACUUGCUCAACUCCCCGGAACGUCUCUGGCGUCUUCAAAGGCAUCCCUGGAGCGAGCUCUAUUUCCUAACAUGGAAGGAUGCUUGCAAGACGAGGUCAAUGUGGCAAGCCAUUGUUUCGCCCAAAGCGAUGCCAGCAAGGGUUACUCGGAUUUUGCAGCUCGGAAGUCGAAGAUAAAUGAAGUAUCCAACUUGAACACAAAUGGGGUAUCUAGCUUCAAGACGCCUGACAAAGGAUCGGGUAUCCCCACGACGGCGCGUCCUCUUCAUGUCACGCCAGAACAUUCCAACAUCAGGGACAUCAACACUGCACUCGUCCGCGCGGCAAGGUCUUUCCCGGAGCAGGUAUUUCUCCGCUUUGCAGGCAAGGAAAUUACCUUUGGCCAGUUCAACACCUCGGUUUCAAGGCUUGCGGGAGGUUUGAGACAGUUGGGUGUCGGCCCAGGUGACCGGGUGCUGGUGAUGAUGGUAAACAGCCCCGAGAUGGUUUGCUCCUGGAUGGCUGUGAACAGACUCGGGGCAGCCUGGGUUCCAGUCAACACGGAGCUGAAAUCUGUUACGCUCCAGCACGUCAUUGAGGCAGCAGCGCCAAAGCUCGCCAUCGUCGAUGCCGCACUGUGGCCAGCGUUCGAGUCAGUCAACGUUGUCGACAGUAGCUCUGUCAUCAUUCACGGCAAGUCACAUAACUCCAUAACGACCUUCCUCAGCCUGUUAGAUUCAGAUUCAAAGAUUGACGAACCGGCGAUGGUGGGGCCAACUACGACAUCUGCGUUCCUGUACACCAGUGGGACUACGGGAAGAUCGAAACCUUGUGCCGUGUCACAUGAGUACUUUCUCCUGCAAGCCCGGACAUUGAUCGAUAGUCUAGGACUCACAAAGGAAGAUGUUCUAUACUCCCCCUUUCCUCUAUUCCACAUCGAUUCCACGGCCCUCACCACGAUCCCAGCCAUUUUGCUUGGGGCCGUUGCUGCUCUCUCCGCCCGCUACAGUGCGAGUGGCUUUUGGGACGAGAUCCGCGCUUUUAAGGCCACCGUCUACAACUUCAUGGGUGCUACCUUGGCUUUGACGUAUAAGCAACCUCCUACUCCUCGCGACCAGGAACACGGUGUUCGCCUGGCUUGGGGUGUCCCAAUUCCUUCUUUUGCCCGUGAGUAUGAAGACAGGUUUGGCCAUCCCUUGAUUGCGCUAUAUGGAAGUGUCGAGGCCGGCAUCCCAAUUUUCCAAGAUCGCUCCCGCAAGCUUCCCGCUGGUUCCUGUGGAAGACUGAGGCCGGGCUAUGAGCUGCGCAUCGCCAACGACGCCGAUGAAGAGCUUCCGAGGCACACCACGGGCAACUUGCUGCUGAGAAACGACCAACCAAACGCGUUCUUCCAAGGCUACUAUGGUGACCGGGCUAGCACAUUAGCGGUCUUCCGGGGCCUUUGGCUACACACGGGAGACCUGGCAAGGAUGGACGAAGACGGGAAUGUUUACUUUGCUGGUCGUAUAAAAGAUAUAGUCCGUCGGCGCGGGGAGAAUAUCAACGCGUCGGAAGUGGAGGAAGAGUUCCUGCAGCACCCAGAUGUGCUCAUUGCUGCCGCCUUUGGCGUGCCCUCAGAUCUUGGUGCUGGCACUGAGGAUGACCUCAAGGUGGCAGUGCAUGUUAGGGCUGGAAGCACGACGACUGCGGAGGAGCUCUGGGAGUGGUCCGUGGGUCGUAUGGCGAGAUUUCAAGUGCCAAGCAUUAUUGAGAUCGUUGACGGCUUUAGGCAAACGCCAACGGGCAAAGUGGCGAAGGAGCACUUGAAGGCUGAGGGAGGCCAGCGAUUCGAUAUUCGGGGGAUCAAAGGGCAGCGAGUUUCAGUAUAA